GUCGUGACGCCCCGUUGCCCGUCUCCUGUGGUCGGGCGGGGAGGAGCUGCAGAUGGGAGGAAGUGAGAUUCUACUUUUGGAAUUUAGUGGAGAAGCGAGCAGGAAGGCUUCCCUCAGCCCUGCUUAGGUGGCAGAUGAAGCGUUAGGUCCCGGAGAAGCCAUGCCGCACUUCACCGUUGUUCCGGUGGAUGACGAGCACAGAGCGGACUAUGACGACUUGGAGGGGAUCCGCAGAGUGGACUAUAGAGAGAGAGGGCAGAGUUCGCGCGAUCCCUACGACACUGUCAGCUCGGACGGUAAUGGGAGCCAUAAAGAAAAUAUCCCAUUCCUCAAACGUUCUGAUUCAAAGAAAUGCAGUGAGUUUUACGAUAGAAAUCUGGCCUUAUUUGAGGAAGAGCUGGACAUCCGACCGAAGGUCUCAUCCUUUCUUAAUCGCUUGGUAAACUAUACUAACCUGACACAGGGUGCAAAGGAACAUGAAGAGGCUGAAAUUCCAGGGGAGUCCUGUAGAAAGUUUUACAAGUCUCCCAGCAUGGGCACACUGAUGGGAGUUUAUCUUCCAUGUUUACAAAAUAUUUUCGGGGUGAUUCUCUUUCUUCGACUAACGUGGAUAGUGGGAAUAGCAGGUGUACUGCAAACGCUAGUAAUUAUUCUUGUUUGUUGUUGCUGUACUCUGCUCACAGCUAUAUCAAUGAGUGCCAUUGCCACAAAUGGUGUUGUACCAGCUGGUGGUUCAUAUUUCAUGAUAUCGCGUUCCCUUGGUCCUGAGUUUGGUGGAGCUGUUGGCCUUUGCUUUUACUUGGGGACUACAUUUGCUGGGGCCAUGUACAUUCUAGGUGCAAUUGAAAUCUUGUUGGUUUAUAUUGCUCCUUCGGCUGCCAUUUUUCAUUCUCCUAAUGAACAUGGGGAUUCAAGUGAAAAGAUGAACAAUAUGCGUGUUUAUGGCACAAUUUUUCUCAUCCUGAUGGCACUUGUCGUAUUUGUGGGGGUCAAAUAUGUGAACAAAUUUGCCUCUCUGUUCCUGGCAUGUGUCAUCCUUUCCAUUCUCUCCAUUUAUGUGGGCAGCAUAAAAUCAAUCUUUGACCCACCUUGGUUUCCAAUAUGUGUGCUCGGCAACAGAACCCUUUCUAGAGACCGGUUUGAUAUAUGUGCCAAAACAACAAUAAUUGAUAAUGUUACUGUGGCUACAAAGUUGUCAGAACUGUUUUGUGGAUCUUCAAAUUUUACCAGUAGCACAUGUGAUGAGUACUUUCUUCAAAACGAGGUCCGUGAAAUCUCUGGCAUACCAGGAGCAGCCAGUGGUGUUUUGAAAGACAACCUGUGGAGCAAUUACUUGGAUAAAGGUGCUAUUCUUGAGAAAUCCAACCAGCAUUCCAUAGAUGUUCUGGGAUCAAAAAGUAACCUUCAUCUGUACGUCUUGGCUGACAUCACAACCACCUUUACUGUACUUGUUGGUAUCUUUUUUCCAUCUGUGACAGGUAUAAUGGCAGGAAGUAAUCGAUCUGGGGACCUGAGAGAUGCACAAAAAUCUAUUCCUGUUGGCACCAUUUUAGCCAUUGUCACUACUUCCAUAGUCUAUUUAAGCACUGUGAUGCUUUUUGGAGCUUGCAUCGAAGGUGUCGUUUUACGUGACAAGUAUGGUAGUGCAGUGAACAAAAAUCUGGUGGUUGGAACCCUUUCAUGGCCUUCUCCAUGGGUCAUAGUUAUUGGUUCUUUCUUUUCUACAUGUGGAGCUGGAUUACAGAGUCUCACUGGAGCUCCACGUUUACUUCAGGCCAUUGCAAAGGACAACAUAAUUCCAUUUAUUAGAGUCUUUGGCCAUGGUAAAGCAAACGGUGAACCAACCUGGGCACUUCUUGUGACUGCUUUGAUUGCAGAGCUGGGGAUUCUCAUUGCUUCAAUGGAUAUGGUAGCACCUAUCUUGUCAAUGUUUUUCUUGAUGUGCUAUUUGUUCGUUAACUUGGCAUGUGCUGUGCAAACUCUGUUGAAAACACCACACUGGAGGCCAAGAUUUAAAUAUUAUCACUGGGCACUUUCCUUCCUGGGCAUGAGCAUCUGUUUGGCUCUGAUGUUCGUCUCCUCCUGGUAUUAUGCGCUUGUAGCUAUGCUUAUUGCUGGACUGAUUUACAAGUACAUAGAGUACCAAGGAGCAGAGAAAGAAUGGGGAGAUGGAAUAAGAGGUCUUUCCCUCAGCGCAGCUAGAUAUGCUUUGUUAAGACUGGAAGAAGGACCUCCUCACAUCAAGAACUGGAGGCCACAAUUGCUAGUUCUCCUAAAACUAGAUGAGGAUCUACAUGUCAAAUAUCCACGUUUGCUUACUUUUGCCUCUCAAUUGAAAGCUGGAAAGGGGUUGACCAUUGUUGGUACUGUAAUGCAGGGGAACUUUUUGGACAGCUAUGGGGAGCUGCAAGCUGCUGAACAGACUAUUAAAAAUAUGAUGGAAAUAGAAAAAGUGAAAGGCUUUUGUCAGGUUGUAGUUUCCAACAAAGUGAAAGAUGGUAUUUCACAUCUGAUCCAAUCAUGUGGACUUGGAGGGAUGAAACAUAAUACUGUUAUGCUGGGAUGGCCAUAUGGCUGGAGACAAAGUGAAGAUCCUCAGUCAUGGAAAACCUUCAUUGAAACUGUACGGUGCACAACUGCUGCUCAUUUGGCACUCAUGGUCCCAAAAAAUGUGCCCUUCUACCCAAGUAACCAUGAGCAUUAUUUAGAAGGAAAUAUUGAUAUCUGGUGGAUUGUGCAUGAUGGUGGAAUGCUUAUGCUGCUGCCAUUUCUGUUAAAGCAACAUAAGGUUUGGAAAAAGUGCAAAAUGAGAAUUUUUACUGUAGCGCAAAUGGAAGACAACAGCAUCCAAAUGAAGAAAGACCUUGCCAUUUUCCUUUAUCAUUUGAGGAUUGAAGCUGAGGUGGAAGUUGUUGAAAUGCAUAACAGUGACAUCUCUGCCUACACUUAUGAGAGGACUCUAAUGAUGGAACAGCGCUCUAAGAUGCUAAAGCAAAUACGACUCACCAAGACUCAAAGAGAUCACGAGGUCCAGUUAAUAAAGGACAGACAUUCUUUUAUUAAUCUUGAGGGCUCUUAUUCAGAUGAAGAGGACAAUGAAAUGGAGCCUGGGAAAAUUCAAAAGACUUGGACCAACAACAGCAUUGAGAAGUGGAGCAAAAUCAAUGUAUCAGAGCACUUCAGGGACCUUGUUAAUAUUAAACCUAACCAGUCUAAUGUUUGGAGGAUGCACACAGCUGUUAAGCUGAAUGAGGUGAUAGUAACCAGAUCACACAAUGCCAAAUUAGUACUGCUUAACAUGCCAGGACCUCCUAAAAAUAAAGAUGGGGAUGAAAAUUACAUGGAAUUUCUUGAGGUGUUGACUGAAGGCUUGGAGAGAGUUUUGCUGGUCCGAGGUGGAGGAAGAGAGGUGAUUACCAUCUACUCUUGAUAUGGAAUUUUUCAUUACAAUCUUUAAGUUUUUUAUCCAAGGUUUCAGAGCAGAGAUUUAUUUAAAAUCUUGUUUUGAGAAGUGCUUAAAGAAGACAAAGCAUUGGCGCAUUUCGAACAUCCUCAGCACCUUGUUUUCUCCCGAAGCAGUGUUUUCACACACCAUCCUAAGCUGGAUUUGUUAUUGCUUGUUUGAAAAAGCUAGCCAAAAACAUGUAUGGAAGCUGAAAAUAUGAAAAUGUUCUAGUACUAAUGUUUUUCCUUAAAUAUUUAUCUUUCUAAUAAAUUUGACUUUACGGUUAAUGUUUUCUACUAAAUAUUUUAUAGUUUUGUUGCAUUUCUUUGUAAUAGAUAUGUUUUUAAACAAGAAAUACAAAAAUGCUGAACACGCUUAAUGCUAAAUAAUAGAGAGUUCUCCUGAUUUAUUUAUUGUCUGUGGUAUUCAGAAUUAUGAACAGAUUAAAAUGCUUCCACACAGAA